GGUGUCAUCUCACAUUCUCUGCUCCCUCUCUCUCUCUCUCUCUCUCUCUCAGCAUCGUUCUCUUUCUUCCUGCGAUGACCAGAGAUCCAUGUAGCUCGAUCCCUUGAGGUUCGUAUUCUAGGGUUUCUUCCAUUUCAGAACGCCGGAAUGGAGGACAGCUUCUUCGAUCUGAUGGAUUUCUUGAAGAAGCCAACGGUGGUGGAAACAUUCGUCGACAUUUUGCUCUGUGCAGUCCCCAUUUGGCUCGCCGUGAUGAUUGGCCUGUUCAUCGGAUGGUCCUGGCGCCCUCGAUGGACCGGUCUGCUGUACCUUGGCCUCCGCAGCAGGAUCAGAUUCCUCUGGACGCUCCCGCCGGGGCUCGGCGCUCGCCGCCUUUGGUUUGCGUUCACGGCCUUAUCGGUGUUCUCCGUUGGCCGCAGGCUUUGGUUCAAUUGCAGAGAAAAGGUGAAGCAGUCGCCCGGUGCGAGCCCAGAGUCGUCGGCGACGGACGCGUCGGCGGAAGGAAGUGGCAGUGACAUCAGCCCCAGCAGUGGAACUGCAGAGAGAGAGCAGGAUCUUGUCGCAGCGAAUGAUUUAGAGCACCUAUGGCGUCUUAUUGAAGGGAAGGUUGGGGAGAUGACAUGGCAAAAUAUGAUGGAGCGCACCACCCCAAACUUUUCGUAUCAAGCUUGGCGACAUGAACCUGAGAUUGGUCCCACGGUGUACCGCAGUAGAACUGUCUUUGAGGAUGUAAGUCCAGAGUUGGUUAGAGAUUUCUUUUGGGAUGAUGAGUUUCGACCUAAGUGGGAUCCUAUGCUUGCAUACUUUAAAAUUUUGGAGGAAUGCCCUCAUACAGGGACAAUGAUUGUCCACUGGAUAAGAAAGUUUCCUUUUUUCUGCAGUGAUCGGGAAUAUAUUAUUGGUCGAAGAAUAUGGGAGGCUGGAAAGACAUACUAUUGUGUCACAAAGGGGGUGCCGUAUCCAGGUAUGCACAAGAGGGCCAAGCCAAGGCGUGUGGAGCUCUAUUUCUCAAGCUGGAGUAUCAAGGCAGUGGAAUCUCGCAAGGGGGAUGGGCAGUUGUCGGCAUGCGAGGUGAACCUCGUACAUUAUGAAGACAUGGGUAUUCCGAAGGAUGUGGCCAAGUUGGGUGUGCGGCACGGGAUGUGGGGAACUGUCAAGAAAUUGCACUCUGGGUUGAGAGCAUAUGAGAAUGCUAGGAAAUUGGAAGCAACAGUGUCUAGAUGUGCCCUGAUGGCAAGUAUUACCACGAAGAUAUCUUUUGAUGGGAGUGCAGAUUCAUCAGAGCUAGUGUUUGGUGAGGAAGAAAAAGGUCAAGCUGUGGAUAUUAGGAAAGAGAAGGUGCAGGGAAUUGAUUGGAAAUGGGUGGCUAUAGGGGGAACCGUGGCAUUGGUCUGUGGACUACAUACAGGUGUGAUUGGCAAAGCUUUGUUGCUGGGAGCAGGCCAAAGACUUGCGCGGAGAUGAAGGCGAAGCUCGAAGGCUAGACCUGACAAUGGCUGACCGAUCACUGCCGAGUCAAAAAUGUCUGUAAGUACGAUGGUCCCAUCACACCCUGGUCUGAACUGUCAAGUGGACGUCUACAACUCUACACUGAAAGCCACAUCGACUAUCUAUCUCUCACCCCCUCUACUUGCAGGGGUAGUUAGCACAAGUUUAAACUGUAAUAAUUUGAACUAUAUAGUUACAGUACCAUGCUCUGGAAACUAAAUUGAACUAUCAUUCGAGUUUUGAUAAUAUAUAAUACAUGAUAAUAUACCGUUUAACGUAAA